GUACUGUGACUGACUGGUACACGAACCAGCAGCUGCGUGUGAGAGCUGACUAGUUAACAGCGACGUAGACAUGAUUGUGUUUUUAACGGAAAGAGUGGCCUAAAAACGUGCUACUGCCAAGACAGUAGAAGUAUCUAUCGUCAUGGAGGGGUCUUCUCCAAACUGCGCCAUUGGCUGAGACUGUCUUGUCCUUAAGUAAAGUCAGCAGGCAGCCCGCGCGCAGCCCUCCCCCCUUACCGCCACCGAGUAGCCUGUCGUGGCCACAUUUGGCUUCUACUCCCCGGUGCUGGCCACCUCCAAUGGCGGCCCCGUUGGAAGACGCGCGGGACACCGUGGAAGACGAAGAAAGGGAGGCUGUCAACGAUGCAGAACUGGCACUCCGAGGCAUUAAUUUGCUUCUCAAUAAUGGAUUUAAGGAGAGCGACAAGCUUUUCAGAGCGCACAGAAACCACAGCCCUCUCAUGAGCUUUGGCGCCAGUUUUGUCAGUUUUCUGAAUGCCAUGAUGACAUUCGAAGAGGAGAAAAUGCAGUUGGCGUCCGAAGACCUAAAAGCCACAGAGAGGCUAUGCGAGAGCGAAAACGCUGGCAUCAUUCAAACUCUCAAAAACAAGAUGAAACGUUCGACGGACCCUUGGAGGUCAGGGUUGGCGGCUGUGGAACGACUCCAGAGGCAGAUCAUCAUUGCUGACUGCCAGGUUUAUCUUGCUGUGCUCGCUUUUACUAAACAAGAACUCUCAGCGUACAUAAAAGGAGGCUGGAUCCUCCGCAAAGCUUGGAAAGUGUACGACAAAUGUUACUGUGACAUCACACAGCUGCAGGAAUGCAGCGGCAGCGUUGGUGGCGGCAGCGGUAGGAGGAGAAGGAAAGCCUCUGAGCAGCAGGUCUCAUCAACCACGCCAAGCCCUUCCCCGCGGCCAGACUGCAUCAGUGCCGAAGACCUGGAUCGGCUCAAGGGCUCGGUCAGCUUCGGCUACGGCCUUUUCCACCUGUGCAUCUCCAUGGUUCCCCCGCACCUUCUCAAGAUCGUCAACCUGCUGGGUUUUCCCGGCGACCGUCUCCAUGGCCUGUCGGCGCUCACAUACGCUAGCGAGAGUAAAGACAUGAAGGCCCCCUUAGCCACCCUGGCCCUUCUGUGGUACCACACGGUAGUGCAGCCCUUCUUCGCCCUGGACGGCAGCGAUAGCCACUCGGGCCUUGCGGAGGCCAAAGCAAUUCUCCGUGAGCGGGAGACCAUUUACCCUGACUCGUCACUCUUCAUGUUCUUUAAAGGCAGAAUCCAGCGUCUUGAGAGUCAGAUGAGCGCUGCCUUGACAUCUUUCAAUAACGCCUUACAGCUGGCCUCAGAACAGAGGGAGAUCCAGCAUGUGUGCUUGUAUGAAAUUGGGUGGUGCAACAUGAUCGAGCUGAACUACUCUGAGUCUUUCAAGGCCUUCGAGCGUCUGAAGAACGAGUCUCGCUGGUCCCAGUGCUACUACGCGUAUUUGACCGGAGUUUGCCAAGGAGCCAUGGGCGACCUGCAGGGAGCCACGAGUGUUUUCAACGACGUCCCAAAACUGUUCAAACGCAAGAACAAUCAAAUAGAGCUCUUCUCCUUGAAAAAGGCAGAGAAGCUAAGGACCCCUAGUUUGUCCAAAGAGUUGUGCAUCCUCUCCGUCAUUGAGAUUCUUUAUCUGUGGAAAGCGCUCUGCAACUGCUCCACUAGUAAACUUCACUCAAUGUUAGGAGUCCUGCAGGCAAUUGAUGACGCGUCCUGCGCGGGCCUGAAAAACCUGCUUUUGGGCAUUGUGAGCAAAUACCUCAAUAACACAAAAGAAGCCAUUCAGUAUUUCCAAGUGGCCUCGCGCGACGAGAUCGGCCUGGUGAGCAACUCGUACGUUCAACCUUACGCCUGCUACGAACUGGGCUGCAUACUCAAGGAUUCAGAGUCUGCAGCCAAAGGCCACAUGUUGAUGCUUCAGGCGAAGGAGGACUUUGCAGGCUACGACUUUGAAAACAGACUUCACGUGCGAAUCCACUCAGCUCUCGCCUCCAUGAGAGCCGCAGGUCAUCAUUGACCUUGCAUCGAAGUCAAGCCAAAAAUGAACAGUGCCCUUUUUGGCAUAAAUUAUUUGUUACAGCUCUCAUUUUGAAGCAACAAAUUAUAAUUUGUGUAGAUCGGUUUACUGGCCUUUGGAAUACACUGCACAUUUUUCCCUAUGUGGACAUUUUUUGCACAGAUUUCUUAGUUUUUAUGGGUCACAUGCACAAUGGAACACUUUGCUGUGAACAAGAUCCAUUCAUAUUGCAAGUUUUUAGCUAUUAAAAUGAUUUGAGAAACGUGUUAUUUUCAAAAAUCAAAGCUUCUCUGGCUGAAAGUAGGGUCAGUAUAGAUCAGGCAUGUCCAAAGUCCGGCCCGGGGGCCAAAUGCGGCCCAUGGUCAAAUUUCAUCCGGCCCCCAGCCUCUGUCAUAAAAUCAAUAACGUCUGACCCGCACACAGACUUAAUUGCUCAGCAGUACUGCUACCAGAAUAUGAAGUAGCUUACACACUAAAUGCAUCUCCUCAUUUACCCACUAAAAGUCAGCAGCACUCUAAGCAACAUUACCACGUGUGACCCUUCCGAUUUUCUAAAAUGGCGACAACAAAAACAGUUGUCUGCGACGGCCGACCCCUCAAGGAUAGGUGGAAAUUGGACUAUUUCUUCACUAAAAUACGCAACAACUGUGUCUGCCUCAUUUGCAAAGAGACAGUCGCUGAUUUUAAAGAGUUCAGUGUGAGGCGAUAUUACCAAAUAAGACAAGCUGACAUGUACGACCAGAUUACAGGGAAGAAACGCAGCAACUUGAAGCUAGUUUAAUUUCACAGUAGCAGUAUUUUGCAAGAGCCCGAGAGUCGAAAGAAAACGCCACAAAGGCUAGUUGAAAUUAUUUAGAAAAAAUAAUAAAGCAAAUGUGACACACAGAAUGGCUUGUUAAAAUUUGCUUUAAUAUAUUGCUCUACGUAAAGGACGUCAGCCAAGGUCGGCCCCCCCACUUUUUUAACACACCAAAUCUGGCCCCCUUUGCACACCCCUGGUAUAGAUGAAAAGGCUCACAAUGCAAUACAACACACAAUUUUUAUUUCUUUAAUCAAAGCAAGCAAAACCAAGAGUUAUCCAUCAUAAGUUUUUAUACUCUAAUAGCCACGACUCACAUGAUGAAGGUUCUGAAGGUGGUUGCAUAGUUCUAGUGAUUCACAUGCAUAUUGCUAGGGGUAGAAAAAUACAACUGAGCUGAUGCAAUGUUCUUACUCUAUACUGUACAUGUUCCUGCCAUGUAAAAAAAAUAAGUUAGCCAAAUGAAAUUUCUAUAGCAUUUUUGUAAACUGCAAAGAACUACACACCGUAAAACCAUCAAAUGAAAAAUUAGUACUGAAAACAUGAUUUACUGCUAGGACUCCAGAGAAUAAAGGUCUUUUGUGUUCUAUAUUGUUCCUUAUGUACCUGCAAUUAAUAGUUAAUUUCAUUACUGUCACACCAAAAACGCUGACAUAUUUAAAGUUGCAAAGAAGUCCAAAUGGACCUUUGUAAGUCCUAGUAGAUGUCAGGUAGCUGCAUGAACUUCCUGUCCCAGUAGCUUUUCAAGUACAGCCAGUCUUGAGCUUUGUUGUGCGGGUUGGCUCCUUGCUGAAACCAUCUUUGACUGUCAACAGUUCAUGAAAUUGAUCAAGAAAUAUACUGAUUAGUUGAACAAUUUUCAGUUAUUUGACAGCAAUAAUUAAUGAAGUCCUAAAUUCUUUCUUCAAAUUAUCCUCCAGGAUCACCAAAUGUCUCCUAGUGUUGCAGUAGUGGACUCCGUCCAGAUGAGAGCAGUACAGAGUAAAACAAGUGAAGGUGAUCCCAAUUUACCUGGUUUUCCAGUCAUCUGUUGACUUGCCGCGAUUUUUCCUUGCUGUCCUUUGUUUUUCCUCUAGUCGCUUCUUCUCUGCAUUCGCUACGUCUGGACACACAAACAAUUGGUGUUUCAGGGACAGUGGUCAGCUAUCCAAAAGUUUGUCACUUAAGACCUUCAUCCUUUUGUAGGGCAAGGACUAUUUUUGGUCAUUAAAUUAAAAAAUUAGGCAUGAAAUUCGCCGUUUUGAGGUCAAAAAGGGUGACCUACGUGAAUUGUGUAGCUCCGAGGAGAAAAUUCUUUUGGGGGGUUCAGGAGAUUUUUCUUUUUUUUAAUGUCGGACGCUUGGUAUGCAAGCAGGGAAAGCGGAACAAAGCCAAAAAAGUGUCCUGUCUCUUCAAUGCCAAACUUGGCUGCACGUUGGCCGUGAAUGAACACCUAAAGCGCCGUCACCCAGUUGUAAUUUUGGAAAACGACAAGAGACAAUUACAAGCUGGCAGAUCGUAAUUCCAUCUAACCAACUAUCGACAUGUUUUAUUGUUGCUAAGCCUGUCGCGAUAUGCAAUGAGUCCAUUUAUCGCGCGGUAAAUAAAAACGAGGACGGUAAAUUUCACGGCUGCGUUUUAUCGUCGCGUGCCUGCGUGGGUGUUGAUGGCAUGAGACUCCCUUUCACAGAUGUUUAUUGGUCAUCAACACGCUGUAGAAUUAAACUCAGUAAACAAAAUGUUUUUGUGAAUUACCGUAAUAAGCGUCAUCAAAAAUUUCAUUGCUA